AUGGACAAAAUCUACUACUUUUUCUUGUUUAUCUUUAGUUUUGCACGGUUAGAUGUCACGGCAUCCAGCAAUAGCAGUGUUACGGCGGAUCAAUCAGCCCUUCUUGCCAUUAGAGAACGCGUGAUGACUUCAGAAUCUCACCAAAUCUUGGCAAAAAACUGGUCUGUUACGUCCUCUGUCUGUGAUUGGAUAGGGGUCACCUGUGGUUCUAGACACCGUCGAGUGACUUCCUUGGAUAUUUCAGACAUGAACCUUGCUGGUACCAUACCUCCUCUACUCGGGAAUCUAUCCUUUCUCGUUUUACUUAAUAUUAGUGGAAACAAUUUCCAUGGAGAACUGCCUCGUGAGUUAGUUCAGUUGUUCCGAUUAAGAUAUCUUGAUUUUGCGAAUAACAAUCUGGGUGGAGAGCUUCCCUCCUGGUUUGGUUUAUUACACAAACUCCAAUUCCUGUCUCUCGGGAACAAUAGGUUUACGGGUCCUAUUCCACCUUCCAUCGCUAACAUGUCAAGCUUGGAGAAUCUAUGGCUGUCAAACAAUUCUAUCGAGGGAACAAUUCCAAUAGAAUUUCAGAAUCUUCAUAAUUUGAAGAAUUUGGUUAUUGAGAAUAAUCAGCUUUCUGGUCAUUUGCCUCUCCAUGUCUUCAACUUUUCCUCACUGGAAAGAAUUUCCUUCGGUAACAACAGCCUGUCUGGCACUCUUCCGGACAACAUCUGUCACGGUCUUCAGAAGCUUACAUGGUUUGAUCUAGCAGAUAAUAAUUUGAUUGGUCAUAUACCUUCAACAAUGUCCCACUGUUCACUGCUCAAGGUGCUGUCCUUGUCCAAGAACCAUUUCACUGGACCCAUACCCAAGGAAAUAGGAAACUUAACAGCGCUGGAGCGUCUAUUCCUGGGAAGCAGCAGCUUAACAGGUGCGGUUCCAAAUGAAGUAUGGAAUUUAACUCUGUUGUCAAGUUUAGAUUUUGGCGACAACAAAUUGACAGGUGGAAUACCUGAAAAGAUUGGAAACCUUCAGAGAUUGGAGUCACUUAAUUUAGGCAAUAAUACAUUAUCGGGUUCCAUGCCUGCUGGAAUUUUUAACAUUUCAUCUCUCCAAUUUAUUGGACUCCACCGAAACAAAUUCUCAGGAACAAUUCCUUUGACAAUGAGUAGUAAGCUAAGCAAACUAAAGUUUCUUUAUCUUUGUCAGAAUUACUUGAGUGGAGUUAUACCCAACACAAUCUCAAAUGCUUCGCAGCUCGUUUAUUUGCUGCUUCAUGGUAAUGAGCUCACAGGUUCAGUCCCCAGCUCUUUAGGAAGUCUAAGAAAUCUAAAAUUUUUACUCUUGGCUUCCAACAGGCUGUCUAGUGAAUCCUCAAAUCCAGAGUUAAGCUUUUUCACAUUCUUGACGACUUGCAGAUUCUUGAGAUAUUUAGUAGUGGAUCAGAAUCCUUUAAAUGGCUUUCUACCUUCUUCCCUAUCUAACUAUUCAACUUCACUUGAGGUCUUACAUGCAGCCAAUUGUCAAAUCAAGGGAAACAUCCCAGUUGGAAUCAGUAAUUUGAGCACAUUACUGAAACUAGAUUUUUCAAGUAAUGAAUUGAUUGGAUCUGUCCCAAAAACUAUCAAUAGGUUGGCAAAUCUUCAGGAGUUUUCCUUGGGCUGGAAUCAAAUAAGAGAUGUCUUGGACAUUUUCUGUGGAUUACAUAGUUUGGGGAACUUAGCAUUGAGCCAAAAUCAAUUCUUUGGCAGUAUUCCAGAAUGCUUAGGAAAUAUGACGUCUAUGAGAAUGAUUUCUCUGGAUUCCAACAAAUUGACUUCCACAAUACCUGCCAACCUAUUAAGCAUGAAAGAUCUCCAAGUUCUCAACCUUUCAUCAAACUUCUUUAGUGGAUCACUAUCUCAAGAGAUCGGGAACCUCAAAGCAGCAUAUAGUUUAGAUUUCUCAUUUAAUCAAUUAUCAGGCAAAAUUCCUACUUCAGUUGGAGAGCUACAAACUCUACAGUAUCUUUCAUUAGCAAAAAACAGUUUGCAGGGUUCUAUUCCAGAAUCAAUUAGUAAUAUAUUCAACUUGGAAUACUUGGACCUUUCACACAAUAAUCUCUCUGGUGUGAUACCCAAGUCAUUGGAGGCACUUAAAUCUCUUGAGGAAUUUAAUGUUUCCUUUAAUAGAUUAAGUGGUGAAAUUCCUAGAGGUGGUCCAUUCAGAAACUUUACAAGUCAAUUGUUCAUGAAUAAUGAAGCACUCUGUGGUGACCCAAGGCUUAGUGUUCCGCCAUGUCAGAGUAAUUCAACUAGACGGUCAAGCAAAAGAAAGGUGCUUCUACUUGUAAUUAGUAUGUUAGGGACUGCAGCAAUUCUAACAGCAGUGGGUGUUGCUAUAUUAAUUCUAAGAUGGCUGAAAAAACCAAAGGUUUCAGGUGGAACAAAAUCAAUGUCGUUGGCAAAAUAUGGAAGAUUUUCUUACUAUGACCUUUUGCACUCAACUGACAACUAUAGAGAAAGCAAUUUGGUUGGAAAAGGGAGCUUUGGUUCUGUUUACAAAGGCAUUCUAAGUGAUGACACUGUUGUGGCUAUCAAGGUAUUCAAUUUGCAAGUGGAUGGUUCAUUAAAAAGCUUUGAUAAAGAAUGCAAUGUACUAAAGAGUUUACGCCAUCGAAAUCUUACAAAGGUGCUCGGCAGCUGCUCCAACCCUGAUUUCAAAGCCUUGGUACUCAAAUACAUGCCCAACGGGAAUCUUGAGGAGUGGUUAUAUUUGCACAACAAUUUCUUAGAUUUGACUCAAAGAGUAAACAUACUAAUUGAUGUUGCUUGUGCAUUGGAAUAUCUCCAUUAUGGCUAUGAUACUCCUGUGGUACAUUGUGACUUGAAGCCUACUAACAUCUUGCUUGAUGAAGAUAUGGUCGCUCAUGUAAGUGAUUUUAGUAUUGCAAAAAUGUUCCACGAAGGAGAAAGUAUUUUGCAUACCGACACCCUUGCAACAUUGGGAUACAUUGCACCAGAGUAUGGAUCAGAAGGAAUAGUUUCAACAAGAAUUGAUGUAUAUAGUUUUGGAAUAGUUUCGAUGGAAACAUUUUCAAGGAUGAAGCCUAGUGAUGACAUGUUUUUAGGAGAUUUGAGCCUUAAAAGUUGGGUAGAAAAUUCUCUUCCUGAUGCACUUCAAGUUAUUGACGAAAACUUGAUAAGGCCAGAGGAUGAGCAUUUCACUGACAAGCUGAAUUGUGUUAUAUUGAUCAUGAAAUUGGCUGUGAAUUGCUGUAGAGAAUCUCCAGGAGAAAGAAUGAACAUGAAAGAUGUUUUAGUAGAAUUGAAGAAAAUUAAGCAGCAGCUUCUUUUGACAGCAAGUACUUAG